UCCCAGUUGAGGAUUUUGACUUCAUAGUACAAAGUGGUGUUCUUUUACUUCUAAAAGACUAUGUCUGGAUUUUACUGCUUAUUCCAUGUAGGACUGUAGUUGUAGUUCUUUCCUUUACUGUUUAACUAAGUGGCAGUGUUCUUCUUUCAGACAGGCGAUGCAGAUUUUGUGACUGUUGAAACUGAGGACAAAUAAUAGCCCUCCUGCUCGCAUUACAUACGUUUAUUGUCAUACCCAAACGUUCACAUGAUCCCAGACUCGAACUCUGCAUUAAUCAUGGAGAGUAAAGAUGAAACCAGUGACACAGACAGCGGCAUCAUCUUGCAUUCAGGCCCAGACAGUCCCAUGACACCAUUGAAAGAUUUAACUCAUGCUAUGAAACUGCGUCAAAAGGCAUUAGAAGAAAAACUGGAGGCUUGCUUAGAGGAACUGAAAAAAAUCUGCAUAAGAGAAGCAGAACUGACUGGGAAACUGCCAAAAGAAUAUCCACUGGCACCUGGAGAGAACCCCCCUCGAACUCGGAGGAGGAUUGGUGCUGCAUUUAAACUGGAUGAGCGUACUAUUCAAAUCAAAGGAGAGGAUUCAGUGAUAAGUUCCUUGGAGAGAGAUUUUGCUUUGCAGUGCCAGAUAACGGAGGCAGCCCGGCGUCUUGCACAUGAACCUCAUCUUAGCAAACACAUUAAAAAACAGCGGAAGAAUGCAGUUGUGAAGGAAGAGAAGAAACUGAGAGACCUGGAGCAUACCUUAAAUGAUCACCGGGUUAAAGCUGGGCACAAACCCUUGACAAGAAUAAGUCGCAUCCUAGCAGAAGAACUGAGUGCCUCGGAUGACAGUUCUCUGUCUGAUGCAGCCAUCUUGGAUGAUGAAGAAACACAAAGUCAGAAGUCUCAUGCUUCUUCUGAAGUUCUAGUUCCAGCAGGACCCAACAAUGUUCAUUAUUCCCCUCAGCUUCCUACACGCACUGCUCAACCUGUACCUCCACAGACUCUGGAAGGCCUAAAUCUCCAUUCCUACUCACCGUCUAAGUAUGACCGAUCACCUAUUCAGAACACAGAGUGGAAGGAAUCUAGCCUUGACAAACCCUAUGAGAAGCCCAAGAAAUGUUCGUCCACUCCCAGCAGCAAGUCCAGCAGUCCAUCUGUGACCCCUCAGCUGACACCAGUCGCAACCCCCAUAGAUCUGAGAAUGAGCGAAAUGCCAUCUUUCCACUUUGUCCCAAUUAAUGGUAUGACUUUCCACAAUCACAGUUCAUCCAGUGCACCAUCAACUCCGGAGCUACAGAGUCGCCGAUUGCCAUCAAGGUCCAUGAGAAUGGCAAAAGCAGAUUUUACUACAGAUACCCAAGAACAGCGAGGUCGUAGCAUGGUUCCCCGGCGACGGCCAACAGAUUUUACUGCCAUAAACCCAGAGUAUCGUAUCCCACCACCUAGAGUUAAUAUUUCAAAUCCAAUUUACUGCUCCAGUUCAGAGGACAGUAACUCUGAUAUUUCAGCCCUUUCAUAUGACACUUCUUCCCAGGAUGGUAGCCCGGACAAGACAAUGCCCUGGGGUGGGUACCAGCCACCACCAAAUGGUUAUAACUCGCCUCUACUCAGGAGUGCACCCAUCAACCACCAAGAAGCACAAGGUUUUUAUAAAAAUGCUCAACAUAUGUCAUCUCCCAGUUUUUAUAAAAUGUAUGGCUUUCCAGAAGGUCGUUCUGCAUCCCCACUCACUAGAGAACUUGAGUUCCACCAUCAGUUAGAAGGCCGUGCUGCUUCCCCACUCUCAAGAGAACUUGAGUUUCGUCAUCCAUUUGAGGGCCGUGCUGCUUCUCCACUUACUAGAGAACUAGAAUUUCGUCAUCCAUUAGAGAAUCGUACUGCUUCCCCACUCAUUAGAGAACUUGAAUUCCGACACCCAUUGGAGAAUCGUACUGCUUCCCCACUCAGUAGAGAACUUGAAUUCCGUCACCCAUUGGAGAAUCGUACUGCUUCCCCACUCACUAGAGAACUUGAGUAUCACCAUUCAUUGGAGAAUCGUACUGCUUCCCCACUCACUAGAGAACUUGAGUAUCACCAUUCAUUGGAGAAUCGUACUGCUUCCCCACUCACUAGAGAACUUGAGUAUCACCAUUCAUUGGAGAAUCGUACUGCUUCCGCACUCACUAGAGAACUUGAAUUCCGACACCCAUUGGAGAAUCGUACUGCUUCCCCACUCACUAGAGAACUUGAGUAUCACUAUUCAUUGGAGAAUCGUACUGCUUCCCCACUCACAAGAGAACUUGAGUUUCUUCAUCCAUUGGAGGGUCGUACUGCCUCUCCACUUCCUAGAGAGUUUGAGUUCUGCCAUCCUCCUCUGAAAUCCAUACAGUCUGCACAGUUCCCACAUAGGGAGUACCAUUAUGGAGAUGAAAGAACACAUCUUCAGAUGCAGAGGGUAAAGCCAUCUCACAGCAGAAUUGUACGGACCCCAUCCUUGAAGGAGUACCCUCAUCGUGGUUUGCCAAGGGAAUUGGUUUCUGAAGAGCUGCAGUCAUGGCAUAAAAGGAGCAUACGAAGCAAGCGAGGGCGCCCUCACUCAUUGGACAGACAAGGCGCCAUCCGAGUGCACAGCAUUCCAGACCAUGGACAUCAGUCAUUACGUGUGCCUCCUCAGCAUUUUCAGGCUCCACAGAAACACUCUCCACAGAGGCAUGUGCUGAAAAGGAACCCUGAUGGUGUCCCAUCACAGUGGUAUUUGCCAGAGGAAGCAGAGAUUGUCAGUCAAGUGUGAACAGUGCAUUCUACAGGCAAGCAGGCAGGCUCCUGCUGUCUUCCGCACCACACCUGGGGGCCUCUUCCCUGGGCUCAACCCUUCUGUGAACAUAAAUGAAUGGAUUUUAUAGGGAAGUAUACACCAAUGUGUGUAACUGUGGACUUGUGGUGAAACGUGAUUACUCAGAACAGUUGUUGGACAUUAAUUCAGUGCUAAAACUACAAAUAACGUGGACUUUUAAUUCUGUAAAAAUGCAGGGUAGUAAUGAAAUGCUUUGACUAAUAUAGCCAAACUGGAAUCAUUAUGACAUGUAGUGUUAUUGUAUAGUUACGUCUAGUUCAUGUUUACAAGAUUAAGGCCACAGCGAACAACACUGCAUAUAGGAGGUGGCUUUCAACAGUCUGGGUUGGAAUCAUUUGUUGAACUGUGAUGAAGAGAACAUAUUACCUUCUGACAAAUAAUGUGACUCACACCAGAUGUUCCAAGAACAACUUAAACCAGACUGUCAAGUCAUGGCUGAAAAAGGAAUUGUUCCUCCCAUUAUAAACUAUGCAGCAGUAGAUUUAUGCAGUCAGCUGUUUUGUAUCGGGACAUGUUUUGUUGUGUCACUUGUCAGUUAACUAUAUGUAUUAGUUUUUUAAAAAAAAGUAUUUUUAUUAAUACUUGAAGGGGUAUUUUUAUUAAUACUUGAAGGAGAAAAACCUAAGUUAGUGUUCAUUCUAUGUGAAAUCUUGGAAAUAUUUGGCUUAACAAUUAUUUCUCUGAUGGUCUACUUUGGUUACACUCAUUAAGCUAUAUAGACUGUGUCUGUGCCUUGGUUGUUGAUGCUUGAAGGCAAGAUCUUGUAUGGGAGAUAAACUGCUGAAACUUUAUACUUAUCAGGAGGUUGCUAAGAAAUGCUGCUAGUCAUUUGUCAGUUCUCUGAAAUCAUUCAAGAAGUCUCUGAAGCUCAUAACCAGAAAGCCAUUUAUCCAAAUAACAGUUACAGCAACAAAAAGACCUUACCCGAUUACAUUAUGCACUCGGAACACACAGUGGUAUAGACGCCAGUGUACAGCAUGUGACUUUGAAUACAAUGAUAUCAGAAAUUCUGAGGUUCGUUUUAAGGGAUGCAGCACUAUAUGUGUUUGCAUAAGACUCCCAUGUACAGUUUAGGACAGCAAUGGGCAAGUUUGUGCAAAAGGUUACCAGGUACAGUUUAGGGCAUCACUGGUUACGUGUGUGCUAAAGCUUCCCAUGUACAGUUAGGCCAUGCAAGGAGCUUUUCAGGUCAAGUUUAGGGCAUGUCAUACUAGUCACAUUUGUUAAGAACUUACUUGGUUAUAGUUCACUAGUGGAACAGGAUGGUUCACUGAAGAACAUUGC